AUACUAACUGUUAGUGACUGUCCACAAUUAGCAAAAAACAUGGCAACCCUGAGAAAGUUUCCAUGUAUUUCCUUGCUUGUUGUUUCAUGCUUUUACUUGCAGGUUUACAAUGAAACAGUUUCAGCCACUGAUACCCUUUUCCAAGGUCAAAACAUGACAGCCUCAGGUCUAUUAACAUCCUCUCUAAAUGCUUUUGAAUUGGGAUUCUUUUCACUAGGCUCAACAAAUAUGUAUUUGGGGAUUCGGAUGAAGAAUGUUCCAACCAAAGAUAUUGUGUGGAUUGCCAAUAGAGACCUUCCUUUCAGUGGUUCAUCUAUGAUUCUCACCAUCAAUGAAGAUGGAUACCUUGUGAUUGUGAAUGGCAGAACAAGUUAUAGAGUGAGUGAUGAUCCAUUAUCAAGCCAAAACGUGAGUGCAACGCUGUUGGAUUCUGGGAAUUUGGUUCUAAGAGAUGGGAAUAUGGAUAUACCAUGGCAGAGCUUUGAUUACCCUUCAAACACUUUUUUGCCUGGGAUGAAACUUGGUUACAAUAAUAAAACUGGAAAAGUUUGGUCUCUAACAUCUUGGUUGGAUGAAGAAGACCCAAACAAUGGGGAAUUUGAGUUGAAAAUGGAUCCUAAAAAAUCAAAUGGAGUGUUCCUCAUGAAGGGUACCGAAACAUUAUGGAAUAGCGGGGCUUGGACAGGUAAAGGUUUCACCUUGAUUCCUGAAAUGAGAUUGAACUACAUCUUCAACUACACCAUGUAUAGCGAUGAAAAUCAAACGUAUUUUUCGUAUUCGUUGUAUAAUUCUUCUAUCAUAACUCGAUUCAUCAUUGACAUCGACGGACAUAUGAGGGAGUUCGUGUGGCUUGAAAGUUCUCAACAGUGGGGAUUGUUUUGGUCUCAACCAAGACAAUUCUGUGACAUUCUAAACUCUUGUGGUCCAUUCAGUUGCUGCAACGAGGAUACCGGAAGUUGCCAGUGCUUGCCAGGUUUUUAUCCAUCGGAGAAGCAACAAGGCCAAGAUGGUGGAUGUAUGAGGAGUAUGCCCCUAACGUGCGGGAAUGGAGAUAAUAAAGAUGGAUUCUUAAUGAUGGAUGAUGUGAGCUAUCCUCUAAGUUCGACUCGGCAAAUAAAUUCAUCAUAUCCUUUCCCUUCGGGGCCUCAAGUGUUGACGAACUAUGAUGUGAGAACAUGUGAAGAAGUUUGCUUGAGUAACUGCAGUUGCAGUGCAUAUGCAUGUAACACAAGUGGCCAUUGCUUAAUAUGGUCUGGUGACAUUCUUGAUCUUCAACAACUUUCAGCAAAGGAUCCAAAUGGAGGUACAAUCUUCAUCAAACUUGCAGCUUCCGAAAUUGACAAUGACAAAGGAGCCAAUUGGUACCUAUGGAUAAUUGCAAUUCCUGUUGUUUUAUUUGUGCUACUUCCUUCAUCUUACAUCGUUAGUCGGUGGAGGAAGAGUUUUAAAAACAAAGGGGACAGAGAAGAUCCAAGCCAGGAUAUACUACUCUUUGAUAUGGAGAUGAGCAUCACAACGAGUAGCAGUGAUUUUUCAGGUUCCGAAAACUCCAGAAAACGGAAGAGGAAGGAUUCCCCAUUUCCACUGUUUAGCUUUGAUAGUGUAUCGCUAGCUACUGAUAACUUCUCCUCGGAGAAUAAGCUGGGAGAAGGGGGAUUUGGACCUGUUUAUAAGGGAAAACUAUUAAAUGGACAAGAAAUAGCAGUGAAAAGGCUUUCAAAAAGGUCCGGGCAAGGGCUCGAAGAGUUAAAAAAUGAGACGAUGCUUAUAGCAAAGCUUCAACAUAGGAACCUUGUUAGACUAUUGGGUUGCUGUUUAGAACAAGGAGAAAAGAUAUUGAUCUAUGAGUUCAUGCCUAACAAAAGCCUGGAUUCAUUUCUUUUUGGUUCAGACAAUCAAGGAUUACUAGACUGGGGAACACGAGUUCGAAUAAUCGAGGGGAUUGCGCAAGGUCUGUUGUAUCUUCACCAAUAUUCAAGAUUAAGGAUCAUACAUCGAGAUCUUAAGGCAAGCAAUAUCCUUUUAGACGGUGAAAUGAACCCGAAAAUAUUGGACUUCGGGUUGGCAAGAAUGUUUGGUGGUGACAAGUUACAAGCAAAUACUAAUAGGAUUGUAGGAACUUAUGGCUAUAUGUCACCUGAGUAUGCCAUGGAAGGCCUUUUCUCCAUUAAAUCAGACGUGUUCAGCUUCAGUGUGCUGCUGUUGGAGAUAGUGAGUGGCAAGAAGAGCACUGGCUUUUACCAUAGCAGUUUUCUUAAUGUAAUUGGACAUGCAUGGGAAUUGUGGAAAGGAGAUAGAGUUUUUGAGUUGAUGGAUCCUAAAUUGGAAGACCAAGUUUCAUAUCCUAUGGUGUACAGAUACAUCAAUGUGGCUCUUCUUUGUGUUCAAGAAAUGGCUGCUGAUAGACCGACAAUGUCGGAAGUUGUUUCCAUGCUUACCAAUGAGCUCACAGUUCUAAAUUCUCCCAAAAAGCCUGCCUUCUCUAAUGCAAGGAGUACGACAAAUAGUUCAAAUCAGCCUGAAAAAUUUUCAGUGAAUGAUGUCACAGUUUCUUUGAUGGAACCUCGAUAGUUAUUUUCGAUUAUAGCUCAUGUAACCCCUGACAUUGAGAAAAUUUUGAAACUCCUACUUAAAAAGCUUAAGUAAAAUGGGUGCGGUUCAAAUGCUUGGUUCCUAGUCUUGUCCAUUAGAAGCCCUCUUUGCUAUGAAUGUACUUGUGUUACUAAUUAAUAUUAUUGUGUAUGUUUUAAAUAUGGAAGAAUAACAAAAAGAAAAUCUUUUUUAGUGGAAAA